CUCACUUCAUGGUGAAGCGGUUAAACAUUAGAUGACAUUAGAUUAGGAAUGAAUUAGCACCAGUGCUGCUGUUUUAAUACAAGUCAGAUUUCUGUCACGACAUUUAAAUUUAAUUUGUUUUCAGAUUUCUAUAAUGUAAAAUUCAGACUCCUGAGAGAUACCUGUAUUAUAAUGAGAUGCAUUUUUCACACAAUGACAAAACAAUGUCAUUUUCCUCACUGUGCAUCAUGGACUCUCAUCAAUAAAGGUACCAAACUGUACUUUUCCUUGUUGCCGGGGUGGUACCAUGGAGGGUUCAUGCUUUACCUGGGAAGGUGCAUGUGGUACCUUUAACCAUCUACUGCAGUAAAUAUUUGUCCCUUUGAUGGUGCCGCCACAGAGAGAAGGAAAAGUACAGUUUGGUACCUUUUUAUUUCACAGAGUGUGAAAUGAUCCGAUUGAGCCGAUUCAGUGUGUGGAAUCGAUUCCAAGGCUUCGGGGAAUCAGAGAGUCGGCUCUUUUCGGGUUCGACUCCCCCCCCCAGCCCUGGCUGUUGUGUGGAUGUGCACGAGCGCAGCAGGACGAACGGACGGACAGCGCGAGCUCUGAGCUGCUUGAUGCGUUAAAAUAGAAACAAAAGCAGAAGAACAUCGAUUUAUUUUCAUCCUCUUCAUCAUCACUGCAUCAUCAUCAUCAUCCUCACUGUAGCGAUGAUUUUAAAAUAACAGCGUUUUUUUUUAAAAAGAAGAAAGGAAAUUAAAUCUCUUUGAUAUCCGGACAUUUCGCUGAGAUAACGGAUUUGGUUCUCCUGAAUCGGUCUGAUUGAACCGGAAACGGAGAGGCACCGAGUGAUUAAACGUGCGGAUUAACACAGAACCGUGAAUAAAGCAUGGCGUGGCCGUGUAUCACCCGCGCGUGCUGCAUGGCCCGGUUCUGGUCUCAGCUGGACAAGGCCGACAUCGCGGUGCCGUUGGUUUUCACGAGCUACUCGGACGCGUGUGACACGGUCCAGUCGCGCGCUCAGCCCGGAGCAAGCGGGGUCGCCAUAGAAACGCAGCCUGGCGGCACUGGGAGCGCGCAGGAGGUCGUCUCUAAAGGCCCGGGCGCGCCCACGACAGCCGCGUCCAGCGAGAGCGCGCAGGGCUCCGUGAUGCGCCAGGACUUCAAAGCGUGGAAAGUGCGUCGCGAGCCGAGCUGCAAGCCCAAGCGCGAGUACCACGGACCGGAAGUGCCCUUGGCCACCGAGACGCAGUACCAGAAGGACUUUAAGCCGUGGCCGCUGCCGCGCAGGGAUCACCCCUGGAUCCCCAAAGCCAGCCGCGCGGAGCAGGACGCCGGCGUGGAGAAGGGCCAGAUCGCCGACAGAGUGCAGGAGAAGGAGAUCCUGAAGCGGAGGCAGGCCAAGAUGAUGGAGGACCAGACCGACAAGGGGUCAGAGGUCAAGCACGAGCCGCAGAAGCUCGGAGGACGAGCGGCCGCGGACGCGCUCAAUCGGCAGAUCAAAGACGAGGUCGGAGCCGGAAGUUCCUACAGGACGGAGUUUAAAGCGUACACGGACGUGAAACCGCCGAAACUCAUCCGCGCCAAAUCUCAGUACCAGCCCCCGGACGAGAAGACCAGCCUGGAGACGAGCUACAGCGCCACCUACAGGGGAGAGCAGGCCAAACUGCAGCUGGCUGAUAACAAGGCGCAGGAGAGGAGGAGAGUGCGCACGCUGUGCAGCGAGCCCUACAUCGAGCCCACUAAAGCGGACAGAUCGAGUCUCCCGCGCUCCAAGCCGAAAAAGACGCCGUCCUCUUCGUCCUCUCGCGGUAAAGCGGUGAAGAAGUCGAAGGAGAAGCAGGCGGCGUCGGGGCCGGCGCGCGGCUCCAAGAAGAAGAGCUCUGAGAACCAGCGGCCGAGCGACAAGGAGAAAAGUAAAGAGAUGAACAACAAACUGGCUGAGGCGAAAGAGCUCGUGCUAAAACAGCAGCACUACAUUCAGCUCUGUCAGCCAAUCCGAGAUAUCGGUUGGGUGCAGACGCUAAAGCAACACCUGUGGCGCUGCGCUCUACCCGACCCCAGUGAAUCAGAGUCUGCAGUUGGACGAGUCAGUGAUUUUUAUUCCUCGGGGACUUCUGGAGCAGAGCAGGAGCCACAGGAACCUCGCAGCAAGGCUGUAGUGCGCUUCGCCCCUGACGUUAAAUACUGAGAGAAAGAAAGACAGAAAGAAAGAAAGAUGUAAUGUUCACCUCUUAGCAAUGUUUAAAUUUUAUGGCAAUACAUCUAUAAUAUUUAUUUUUAAAAGCUGUCUGAUUUUUUUUGAUGAUCAGUAUUAACAAUCUGGAUGAAAACAAAUCACACACAUACACACACACACACACACACACACACACAAUCAGCUUCUGCUUCACGUCUACACACACUUUUAUCCCCCCAGACAUUUACUCUCAGCUGAUUAUGUUCUCUGUAAUAGAAAUAAGGAUCUUUAAGGUGAGAACCGAAGCACAUGUUGGAAUAUUAAAGUACUGUAUGUAUAUAAAUAUAAAUAUAUAUAAUGUAUGUAGUAUAUUAUAAUUAUGACACGCACUCCAGAGCUUCCUUAUAAUAAAGUUAUGAUGAUUAUUUUCUGCACAGACUGUUUGCAAAGAUUAAAGUGGUGCUAAGAGUUUGUUUUCAGUCCAUGCUGUCCAUGCUUGCGAGUAAUAACGCUGUUAAUGUCAGAGAGAGAGAGAGAGAGAGAGAGACCAUGAAGUGCUUCCUUAAUGCACAUCAUCACUGUAUAAAAAGUCAUCAUGUGAAUAAACGCACUGAAAUGAAGUUAUGU